UUUCAGGUUUACAUCUGGACUGUGUUCACGCCUACAUUCAUUUAACGCAACCUGCUCGCGUUCAAAUCUAUUCCUCACCACGCAUCUACAGCUUUACUUUACAUUUAAUGCUGGAAGAUGAAUAAUUGGCUCUUCGAGAUUUGUUUGCAGCAGUGUAAUAGUUAAAUCAGUGCCGAAUGCGUUAUUUGAUGUGUGUGGUGGUGUCUAAGCUUGAGCAGUCCUCCUCUACAGUGAGAAGAUGGCGUCGGACGGAGCGAAAGGGGAGCAGCCACCUCCACUACAAACACUGGUAACCAGUGGUCUUGGGGGCGUCGAAGCGAAAUGUGAGCUGAACAUUGAUAACCUGAGCAAACCAGAGCUCCUGACCCUCCUGAGCAUCAUGGAGGGAGAGCUCGAGGCCAGAGAUCUGGUCAUUGAAGCUCUUAGGGCUCGAAGGAAAGAGGUGUUCCUGCAGGAGAGGUACGGGCAGUUCAGUCUGACAGACCCGUUUCUCGCCCUGCAGAGAGACUUUGAGUCGGGAACGGGGGCGAAAGACCGCAGGCCUGUAAGUGCAAAUCCCAUCACUGUGCUGGAAGCUGUUAUGGCUCACUGCCGCAAGAUGCAGGAGAGGAUGUCAGCCCAGCUGUCGGCCACUGAGAGCAGACAAAAGAGGCUUGAGAUGGAGAAACUGCAGCUGCAGAGCCUGGAGCAGGAGCACAGGAAGCUGUCGGCUCAGCUAAAGGAUGAGCGAGAGAAAAACAAGCAUGUGGUAAUGUCACUGGUGCAUGAAUGCAAGCAGCUAGCUGCCCGCGUGGUUGAAGAAAACCAGCGCUUCGAGGAGCUCUCGUCGCGCACGGAGCAGGACGGCCGUUCGGUGGGGCGACUGGAAGAGGAGCUAGCAGCCGAGCGCCGACGUAGCCAACAGAUGGAGGCAGAGAUGGAGAAGCAGCUAGCUGAGUUUGACACAGAGCGAGAGCAGCUACGUGCCAGGCUUAGCCGCGAGGAGACUCGAGCUGCAGAGCUGCGGGCUGAAAGCGAGAGUCUUCGCCAACAGGUGGAGCAACUAAGAACUGAGCAAUGCAGAGACACCACACCACUGCCUGUUACUCCGGGACCUACACCUGUCCCUAUUAAACCCAAGUCUAUGGCAACUGUGGCCGUAGGCACUGAGGCAGCUAUUUGCAAAUCUGUCUCCUCUCAGACAGACCUACCACUGGAAAAUGAAGGGGCUAAGAAGGUACCACUCACCAUCCCUGUGAAGCCAACAGGUAGCAACUAUGUUAAUAUGAACCUUCCCAAGUCCUCGAGUGCUGGACGGGGACUACACCAUGGGAGCUCUCAGGCAGAAAAUGGAGGAGAGGGCCAAACAAUUCUACAUGGCUCACACUCACCUGGUGUAUCCGCAACGUUGCCAACUGGAGUCAGCCCCCGCGUCCAGGCAGCCCGUUACAAAUUCCAACCCUCUGCCUCUGAGCAGGACCAAAAUGGAACAGCAAACCAGAGCCCUCCUUCACGGGACCUCUCUCCAACAAAUCGAGAUAACUUUGUAGCCAAGCAACAGGCACGCCACACAGUCACACAGGUUCUUUCACGCUUCACGAGUCCACCUGCAGGGGGACCCCCGGCAACCCUUCGGCCUGGUCUGCCACACUCGGCAUCGGAAGGGGGGCCUUUUUCUGGGCGUUUAGGUCACACUCAGAUAGGCCUUAAAUCACCAACAGUUGCCCGCAUCGAUAGGGGUAACCCACCCCCAAUCCCACCAAAAAAACCAGGACUGUCCCAGACACCAUCUCCUCCUCACCCACCAAUGAAAGUAGUAGGUGAAACCAACAGGCCCCCAGGAACAGGGCUGGGGGUGGGCCUUGCCAAAUCAACUCCCACCCCUCAGCUUCCGCCAAAACCUUCCUUAGAUCUGGGAGGUACUGUCCCAGCCUUGACUGCGUCACAGGUGGGUGCUUCCUGCACUGGCUGGCCAUGGGGGCCACAGCCAUCAACAGCAUGUUUGGAGUGUCCCCCUGUCACCACCUCUUCCACUACAGUUACCAUUUUCAGUAGCCCAUCCAUAAACCCUGCUAGUGUUUCGUCCCAUAGCUCCCAGCACCCGGGCAGCCCCCUGGCAGCAGCAUCAGGCUGGUGUCCCUCCAUAGUUCCCUCGCUAACCUGUGGUGACCCCGUCCCCCUGGAUGACGGGCAAACCCUUCUCCUCCAAGCUGCUUCCCAGGGAAAUGUCACUUUAUUGUCUAUGCUGCUUAACCAAGAUCCACUAUUGGAUAUUCAUCACCACCAACAUGAAUUAACCUCUGCCUUGAUCUCUGCUGCUCAUAAUGGACACACAGACUGCUUAAAUCUGCUGCUGACUUCAGGGGCGUCUGCUGAUGUUGUCGAUGAAACAGGAUUUACACCAUUACAUGCUGCCGCAGAAAACGGUCACCACGGGAGUGUGAGAGCUCUUGUCGAGUGUGGAGCUGAUGUGGAGAGAGAGUUUUCUGGUGGAAGGACCCCUCUCUUUCUGACCUGUGAGCAGGGACACGUCGAGUGUGUGAAAGUCUUGUUGGACGCAGGAGCAGAUCGUUCACAUGUCACGACUGACAACUGCACAGCUCUACACGCUGCAGUCAGUUCAGGUCACGUCAACGCUCUGAAGCUCCUGCUUCACCACCCGUCUCCUAAUCCAGAACUGGGUCACCCUGUCUCUCCAAGAGACCCCGAUCAAGAGCUCCCACACUUCAGUGUGACCAACGCCAGCCACGUCCUCAACCACAGUAACCAGGAUGGCUGGACUGCUGCCCACAUUGCUGCAUCCAGGGGCUACAAGAAAUGCCUGGAGGUUUUAUGUAACCACAGUCAACAUGACAUGGAGAAGAGGGACAAAUGCAAUCGCACCAUACAUGAUGUUGCCACAGAUGACUGCAAAAACCUGCUAGAGAACCUGGACUGGUACACAGUGGUUGUACAGGUGCUGAUGGAUUCACCGGAGCGUCUUUGCCCCGUGGAUCUUCUGGAGGAUAGUUGCACCAUUGGCAAAGUCACAAUUCAGCGUCACAUCAGCUGGGAGGAGUUUUCACGGAGUUUGAGUGACCUGUUGACCAAUCACCUGCAGCUGGUUUGUGGGAGCUGGGAGCUGCAGGAAGGACUGGAGAAAGCGGAAACUUUGGGCCUGUCUGCUGACAGUAUCGCCUCUGUGAUUAUAGGUGAUGCCGUCUGGCUGUUGGGACAGGAGUUGUCUCAGUCUCCUUGGGACCUUGUGCGUAAGCGCCUGAGUCAACGUGUCACCAUACAUCUUAAAGGCCUGUCAGAGUUUGCUCUGGACGAGAUGACGUAUGACUCUCUGGUCCCUCUACAGCUGUUGCAGAACUAUGUUCGCCUGGUAGAACAGUACUACAACGUAAUCUUCCACGGGCUCGAGGGAAGCUUUCAGGAGUACAUCGCCAACCAGAUCUCUCAGUAUAUUAAGCACAGACAGGAGGCACAGGGAAUUGGCUGUGAUGUCGUCAGGGUAGAGAUUGAUGAGAAUCUAUCUAAAGAGCACCUGCUGGAGAUCUUCAUCAACUGUGGGUUCCUGUUGCCUUUGCAUGAAGAAGGGACAGGGUGUUGUGUUGUGGUUGUUCUGGAAGGUCUAGAGAGAGCUCAUUCUCUCAGCCACAUACUGGGAGACCUGUGUGAAGCCCUGGAGAACCGAGGAUCUGUCUAUUCCCACUCGCUCAACCAUGGUCAGGAUGGGCUUUACUACUUCCGGGAAGGGAGUUUUUUGAUUGGCACGCUGGCCAAGCCACGCCUACAGGGUGCUGAGCUACGAUUACAGCAGCAUUUCCGCUGGGUUCAGCUGCGCUGGGACACCGAACCCCUCAACGGCAUGCUGGGACGUCAUCUCCGAAGAAAACUCCUUCACAAGACUCUGGGCCAGUGCUGGACACCUGAUGAGCCCAUACAGAAAGCUCUUUCCUGGGUGUGCUCAAUUUGGCACCAGCUAAAUGCCUGCCUUUCUCGUCUGGGGACGUCUGAGGCCUUGCUGGGCCCUUACAUCUUUCUCUCCUGCCCUGUGCAUCUAGAACAGACCCAGGCCAUUCCCAAAUGGUUGGCAAGGCUUUGGAAUGCAGUUAUAGUUCCACGUGUGGAGGAUGCUGUUAUAUCGAGAGUAACAGCCAAGCGUUUGCCCUCACAGCGACGGUCUCCCAACAGCAAAGCUUUGAGUCCGGGUCAGAGAGCUGUGGUCAGAGCAGCUCUUAAUAUUCUUCUGAAUAAAGCCGUGCUGCAAUGCUGCCCUCUGCCCAGACAAGAGAUUGACAGGCUGUUACCGGAGUUCCAGGGAGGAUGUUUUCCUCUUUCCUCCAUUGGCUCCUCCUACAGAAAAGGUGGCAGAAAAGGACGCGAUGGUGGCGCUUGGAGACGAGCCAACACCAGUCCACGAAAAAAAGCUAGCUGUUCUUCGCGAGAAGGGUCUAAUUCAGACGCUCACCAAAUAUCAAACAGCAACAAUCCUGCAAGACUUUGUGAUGGAGUUGCUGUUGGACUUUCUCUAUACUCGGAUGAUGAGACUGAUCUUAUCCGAGAACUACAGACCAUGUGCUCUAGUAAAUCUGAGCCAGACAUAAGCAAGAUCGCUCUCUCUAAAGAGGACUUCAUCGUGCCUCCAGACUCCCGACCGCCCACUGCUCAGAGGAGUGGUGGUGAGGUCACGCCGUCCCAAGUACAUCCUGUUACAACAAAGAGCGGCAUGGACAUAACCCUUCUUCCACCACAGAAGAUUGACAGUUGUCCCACUUCUUCAUGGCAAGUGACGAGACCCAGGUCACAUCUGCCCGUCCCCAGCAGCAGAGGGACUCAGCAGGUGAACACCAGCAGCAGCUGUUCCCUUCAAAGUCCCAGCCCUAACCCCAGCAGAUCCUCCUCCACGAGCAGCAGAGCAAGGCAACCCCCACCCCGAAACAACAGUAACAACUUUUCACAAGAUGACAUCUGGUUCCUGGACCCAAACUGUAAUGAAAACUACAGUAAUCACAGAUAGACAUGACCCACUGCCUCCCAUUAUCCCCCUUUGUGUUGUGAAGUUACAGUAGGUUACUGGCAGCAUUUUAGUACUUGUACAUGUUGUCCAUAUUUGUUACACUAUAUUACAUUGUGUACUUUGGGACCAUAGUUUUAAUAUAUUAAACUGUUUAAGUAACUUUAAAAAAGUAAGAAUACAAAAAGACUAAGACUAAUACAACAAGUGCUUGAACAUGUUUGCCUUUUAGGUGAAAUGUUUUGGAUCAAAGUAAGAGCAGGUUGUGUUUUUGCUCUCUAGUAUUUUUAUUCAAGUGUUAUAUGUUAAGUAAAAGUUGAGUUUUAAAAACUGUUGAAAUCAGGGUUUUACCAAAUAUGUGUAAAUAAGAACUGGGAACUUAAAUGUUGUAUAGAUUAGUGCGUGUGUGCGUGCGUGCGCGUGUGUGUGACAUUGCGCUUGUACGUUGCAGGUACUUGAAUGAAAAAAGAGAACUGUAUAUACUGUUUGUAAUAUGAAAUUUCGGUUGAUAUUUUUUCACUCGUUUCAAAACGAACUGAAUGUGGCAAUAAGCACCACCAUUGUGAACACGGGAUAUUUUGUUUCUUUCCAUUAAGCCAUAAUCAGUAUUUUCAAUUACUUUGUGACCGGCUUCAACUUUGACCCUGUGUGAAAUCCACCUCCGAAUUAGGAACGGCACGCAUUAUUACGCGUUUAUCUUCUUGUAUUGGACAUUUAGGAUAAACAAGUAUUCUUUUUAAAGUCAUUGUUUAUAUGUACAGAAGAGAUUAUAGUUGACCUCUGAUGUUUAAUUGUAUUAUAGGUGUCUGAUGAGGUUCAGAGAAAUCGUCCUGUUUCCUCCGAGCACAACCAUUAAAAAUGCACUAUCCUAGACAUGA